AUGCGAGAAAUUGCAGAUCUUCGACACCCAGCUGAAUGGACUCCACGUGCAAGGUUAUUGAAGAGGAAAAUUAUAAUGCAUGUUGGACCCACCAAUUCUGGGAAAACACACAAUGCACUGAUCAAACUACGAGAAGCAGAAAGUGGCGCCUAUCUAUCACCACUGCGACUACUAGCGCAUGAGAUCUUUGAUCGAAUGAAUGCAUCGGGAACUCCCUGCAACUUGGUGACAGGGGAAGAACGGCGGUAUGGAGUUUAUAAUGAAAAGGGGGAGCCUAUGCCUUAUGCUGCUAAGGUCACCUCAUGCACAGUUGAGAUGGUGAGCUUUGAGAGAAGGAUAGAUGUUGCAGUCAUUGACGAGAUUCAAAUGCUGGCGGAUCCAGAAAGAGGUUGGGCAUGGACUGCUGCCCUAUUGGGUUUGCCCGCAAAGGAAAUCCAUCUGUGCGGCGAGCCUACAGUAGUGAAGUUGGUAGAGAAUAUUUGCAAGUUAACCAAUGAGGAAGUAAUUGUCAACCGAUAUGAUCGAUUAAGCAAACUAGAAGUGCAGGACGAAAGUCUCCGAGGAAAUCUGAAGAAAGUUCAAAAAGGCGAUUGCGUUGUGACAUUCUCGAGAAAGAACAUCUUUAUGCUCAAACAGGCCAUCGAAGCAGAGACAGGGCUUCGAUGUGCUGUUGCCUAUGGUGGUUUACCGCCAGAGAGUCGUUCAGCUCAAGCAAAGCUUUUUAAUGACCCUACAAGUGGAUAUGAUGUUCUUGUAGCCAGUGAUGCUAUUGGCAUGGGACUGAAUCUAAAUAUCCGGAGGAUUAUUUUUGAGGCUCUCGAAAAGUUUGAUGGUCAGAACGUACGGCAGCUGAGCUUGACUCAGAUCAAACAGAUUGCAGGGCGAGCAGGCCGAUUUGGAACGGAAUAUGCUAUUGGAAAGGCAACCACGCUGCUCCAGAGCGAUAUCCCAAUUCUCAAAAGAGCAUUAGCCACCCCGAUGAUUGAAAUUCCGCGUGCAGGGAUCCAACCACUUCCUGAAAAAAUUGAGGAGUUUUCUGUUCAGAUGCCAGGUGCUCCCUUCUCCCAUGUCCUCAAGAUGUUUGAAAUGAUGAGCUUGAAUUCGAGGCUGUUCUUCCCAUCACUGCUCAAAAACAUGAUUGUAACAGAAGUCUUGGAUCAUAUAAAUUUACCAGUGCGCAUACGGAUACCAUUUACGUCUGCUCCUAUCCAAACACGCGACAUUUUUGUCGUCGCUGCUGCUCAAAAGAUGGCGCGAGCUGUCAGUACAGGCAGGCCUUUGACAAUUGACGAGGUUGCAAAUUUGCCAAAAGAAAAAGCUAAGAAAGACGAUAAGUUGAUGGAGCUGAAGCAUCUUGAAACAACUCAUCGUAUCAUCAUGCUCUAUCUGUGGCUGAGGUAA